UUUAAAAAUCACUGCGGAAUUCUGUCUCAAAUUUGUUGAGGCAAUGCCCGCACUCAAGCACAUACCCUCAUUCGCAACUCUCCUCGACUCUUGCGCAUCUACAAGAGACUUACAAAAACUCAAACAAAUUCACGCCCGAAUCAUAACUGUCGGAAUUUCUCGCCACGACUUCAUUCGAGCCAAGCUCGUCGCCUCCUACGCCUCAUGUGCUCAAAUGUCCCAGGCCUCUUACAUCUUCUCCCUCACCAAUCGUCGCCCCACCUUCCUCUAUAACUCCCUCAUUAGAGGUUACUCGUCUCUCUUCCUUUUCUCUCAAUCCCUCUCCAUUUUUCGCCAAAUGCUUUUCGCCCACAAACCCAUCGAUUGCUACACUCUGCCUGCAGUCCUCAAGUCUUGCUCUGGCUUGUCGGCUCUGCGCCUCGGUCGGCAAGUUCAUUCCGCCGUUGUGGCAAAUGGGUUGGCCUCCGAUUUGGCCACUAUAAAUGCUUUGAUAAGUAUGUACUCUAAGUGUGGUGAUUUAGCGGCGGCUCGGAAGGUGUUUGAUCGAAUGACGGAGAGGAAUUUGGUCACUUGGUCCGCGAUGAUGGCGGGGUAUGGGGUGCAUGGUGUGUUUGGUGAGGUUUUUGAGUUGUUUGAUGGGAUGGUGGAUGCGGGUGAGGUGCCGGAUGGGGUGACUUUUACGGCAGUUUUGGCAGCUUGUAGUCAUGGGGGUUUCAUGGAGAAUGGAAGGAAAUAUUUUGGGAUGAUGGAGGGAAGGUUUGGGGUGAGGCCUCGGCUCGAACAUUACACAUGUAUGGUGGAUAUGUUAGGAAGGGCAGGGCGGGUGGAGGAGGCUGAGGAGUUGAUUGAGGGGAUGGAGGUGGAGCCUGAUGAGGCCUUGUGGGGUGCUUUGUUGGCUUCAUGUAAGAUUCAUGGAAAAGUGGAGGUAGCAGAACGUGUAGCCGAGAAGGUCUAUGGGAGGAGACUGAAUGCAGCAUCUUUGUAAUUUGCAAAGGAAGGUAUUGGUACCUCAAUGAAUUUUGUUGGUUUUGUUGCUUUGAAGGGAGGGAUCUUUUUCCUUCUUGGGCUGGUGUGAGCAUUGCAGAUUUGGUUGAAGAAAAAUGGGGGGAUUGCAGGCUAGUUUUGCAAAAUAUAAUUCAUUCCCGGAACCUUUGGAUUGGUCUCAUCUCAUCUCUUUAAAAGACAUUUUUUCUAAGUUCAUGGGAGAAAUUUAGUGUGAGAAUAUUGGAAAGAUAGAAGAAUCUUCGAAUCGUUAGAACCUUUUUCGAUGGCUCUGAUUCUAACAUGGAUUGAAGUGGUUAUGUGAUGGUAACGUACUAUGAGUUUUUGCACUUACAAGUUUGGGAGAUGAAAGGAACGAGUAUCUUAUGGGCAGUAGCUUACCUAAACUGAGGUGAGAGAAAAUGUUGGCAUGAUUCAUGAAGAUCAAGCAACUAUGAGGAAUAACAAUGCUAUGCCUCAACAGUGAUAACCAUGAUUGAAAUGAACUUUUUAUAAAAUGUAAGAUAAAUAAAUCACACUUGUUUUCUUUAUAAAGUUGAUAUGAUGGUUUUUUGGAGGCA